AUGUUAUUCUUAGUGCUCAGUGCCAUUUUCAUAGCAAGUAGCGGAGGCACGCAGCUGGAAACUGACAGCUGUGAUUCUGCCGACCUUAACGUUUGUAUAGAACUGAUUCCCAAGACGCCUGUCGGAUUACCCAGAAACAAAAACGAACUAGACGCACAUUGCAAGGCCUACCACAUUGGAAUGCGAUGUAUGGAUGCUUGGAUUAGAAAGUGCCUGCCCACUGACGGACAAAAGAUACUACAGCAGCAAAUCGGAGGAGCACGCGCGCUCAUGAGGUUCCUCUGCACCAAUGAAACUGCUCUACGAAGAGAUUUCUUACAAGAACACAAAUGCUGGAACGUAGUUUCACCGAACUGGUCGAGGUGUGUUAACGAGCUGCAAGAGGAUGUUCGUGAGAUCACCAACCGGUCAAAACAACUCACGUACUUCUACAGUAAUGGUGAACUGUGCUGUGCUCGCGACGCAUUCGUGAUGUGCGUAGCAGACGCGGCCCGUGUUUGCUCUACAGGAGGAAGCACCUUACUUAGACGGAUGGCGUGGGUCUUAGCCCAGGACGUAGCGGCCUGUAAUUACCAACCCAGAGCACGCUGUGCUGCCUCAGCGCCGUCAUUUUCUAUACCACUUUUCACCGCCUUAAGUUACUUAAUUUACCCUCCAAUAUUUUAA